UUGACCAGGGGGCAGGGGCGAGUUGACUUAACACGAUCGAUGGUCACGAUGGUUAACGGGGCUUUCCAACAUCCUCCUUUUUCGUUUUCUGUCUUUUUACGUUCUGAUGAAUUAUUAUUAUAACAACUUUGUAAGCAGUGUAAGGAGAACGUGGAACUUCUGGUCUCUUUUGCAGCCACAAAAGGUGUCCAGAAACGUCCGUGGGACCAUGAGUUCACAAGAAAUUGAUCAUGAUGAUGUACCAAUGCCUCUUCUACAGAAGUUUAAAUCCUCUGGUAAUCCGCUGUUUGUUGUCAGAAAAAAUAGAGAGGAGUACGUGCACAAGACAUUGGAGGAGAAAGCCAAAGAGGCAAGGUGGAAACGCUCGGCAAUCACCAGUCUAGAUGACAUACCCACCUGGCCCAAUUACGCAACCCAGAAUGAGCUGGAAAGACAGCCAGCAAAGAAGUCCAAGGGACUCAGCCUUGGGAGUAAGCUGUCCAUAUGGCAGGGAGAUAUUACCAAGCUGGAUGUGGAUGCCAUAGUGAACGCCGCAAACAGGUCCCUUCUGGGUGGCGGUGGAGUUGACGGCGCUAUACACAGAAUGGCUGGGAAUAAACUGCUGCAAGAAUGCAAGAUUUUAGAUGGAUGUGAGACUGGGGAUGCUAAGAUAUCAGGAGGAUAUCUACUUCCAGCCAGAUAUGUCAUCCACACUGUCGGGCCCAUUGUCCGUUCUUGCGGCAGAGGAGGUGUCCCUAAGGAGAGCAGACAGCUCCUGGAGAGCUGCUACAGGACCUGCCUGGAGAAGGCCCAGCGUCACAACAACAAGCAGAGACACAGGCUGGAGGAACAGGCUGAACUCAAGAAAGCGGCGGAAGCUGCUGCCGCUGAGAGUAGGGAGCAACAGAGAGAGGAAAGCCUAGUGGUUCAAGAGGGUCAAGAGGUUGCGAAACCGGAGACAAAGGAUGCAAAGCAGGAGACAAAGGAUGCAAAGCAGGAGAUGGAGGAUGCAAAGCAGGAGACGAAGGAUGCAAAGCAGGAGACGAAGGAUGCAAAGCAGGAGAUGGAGGAUGCAAAGCAGGAGAUGGAGGAUGCGGAAAGGAGUAUGGAAGGAGGAACACACCUCAAGGAGGAUGCAGGAGGUAGCAUCUCAGAUGACACUGAUGGAAGGAAGGUCAGGAAGCACGGGAAGCACGAGCAGAAAGACGACGGAAAGGGAGACAUAGAAGAUGGCAAUGGAACAAACUCAAAAGAAACUGAAACAGCCACUGAAACUAAGCUGGAACCUUGUCCAGGUGGAGAUAAAGAACAAAGUGACGUAUCAAGAGGGGAGAGUCAGUCAGACAUCAGGAGCACGGGAGAGCCAAAAGCUGAGAAACUUCCCAAGAAGGAGAGUCAGUCAGACACCAGGAGUAAAGGAGAGUCAAAAACCGAGACUCAUCUCAAGAAGGAGGCAGCAAUAGUUAAACCGGAACCAUUCAUUCGAUCCAUUGCCUUCCCCUGCAUAUCAACUGGAAUUUUUGGUUACCCUCAAGAAGAUGCUGCCAGUGUCGUAUUACAAACUGUCAGAACAUGGUUGGAAAACAACGAGAAAUGCGACAUUGAGAGGAUUGUCUUCUGCCUGUUUCUGGACGGUGACGUUGAGAUCUACGAAGAGCAGCUGCCUACCUACUUCCCACUCAAUGGUAACACCUCCAGUCUGUAAGAUCAAAGUGAACCCUGUGAAUCAAGAGAGACAGAAAAGUCCCAAGAGACGCAAGUUUAGUUCCCCAUCUAGCCCCUUGUCCACUCGAUGGAAGAAAAGUUAUAGGUUACUCUUGAUGGUUCUUCUACAGAACCAACACAUAUACAGUAAACUCCGGCUAAACCGACAUCGUACAGCUCAGUCGGCCGUCUGACUUAAGUCCAUUUUGGGGGUCGUCUUAUUGAAUGACCAGUGCUGCAGUCAGUGCAUGCGUGGUAUAUACCGGAUCACGCACGCAUUUAAUUCGUUACUGUGCA